ACAAGUGUAAACAUCUUGGAUUGUUUGGACUUUAAAAAUUGCAAGUUCACAGUGAUUUGAAGAAACGGAUAAGGCUAUUAUUGUGUCUUUUUUUGCUACCGCCUCACCAUAUUCAGCCAACAUUAGGCAAUUUGAAUCCAAAUUUGUUUGUGGUGUCAUUAAGCAUAAAUGACUUCGCAAAAUGUCAAAGUUUAAUGACCUAUAUGGAAACAUUUUGGAUUGGGCGUAUUGGCAGUAAAAAAAUUUCUGUUUUUGGUUGUCCCAGAAGAACGAACUCUGAUCAAGAAAGCUUCCAUGCCUCGCUUUUAAAACGAAUAAAGAUUGCUCAUCCAAACAUUUGGCUUUUUAUAACAGAACUAAGAAAGUUUGCAGAAGUCCAGCAACUUGAUAAAGUACGUUUAGAAUGUGGACUUCAAAUUCGUCGGAGACGAAAGCAGAAAUAUGUUUUAAAUGGUUGUAAAAUCAGAGUUGCUACUGAAAAUUUGGCCAACGGACGUCUAACUUCAUUGGAAUUUCUACAAAGUGUUUCACAUUGCGCAGAUGCGUUAUUUAACAAUCAACUUGGCGAUAGUCGUAUAAAUCAACCACCGGAAUUGGAAACAGUUUCAUCAUUUACGCAAGUUCAAAUAGAGCCCUCACAGCCAAAUUCAAUUCCACCUCAAGAUGAAGCCCAGCAACUUAAUGUAUCAAUACCACGGAAUGUAGCUAUAGUGCAAAAUACCUUCUAACUCGGAGAAAACUUACAUAGUUCUACAGAAAUUGUUGGAGUCACGGAGACUUUAAGAGUAGUGGAUGAAACUAAUGGAACAACAUGUCCUGUUUGUUUAGAAAAUACUCCAAACUUCGCUGCUGUUCCCUGUGGACACAUGGUUUGCACAAUGUGUAUACCACAUUUACAGUUAAAAUGUCCUCGUUGCCGAGCAACAGUUCUUAUGUUUAUUCAAACAUUUGCGUGAUCUGCUUGAUAAAUGUUCAUAUACAAACUUUUUUGUUGAAAUUUAA